AUGAACAAGCCCGUGUUCACCACUAAAAUAUUAUUAGAAACCUCCCCCUCACCAAUCCGAAGCUUAGCGUUUGGGUCGAAUAAAAUGUACAUUGGUGGGGAAGAUGGGUCGAUCUAUAAAGCGGAGUAUGUUGACAACAAGUAUAUGAUAAUGCGAGGAGUUAGAGUAUCGAAGCAGCCGAUCACGAUGAUCCAAGUUUUUCCAAAGAGCGAAAUUCUGUUAUUUGUGACAUGCCUGAAGUUGGGAGUACUAACUAGUGAGUUAGAACGAAUAACACCAAAGGGGGAAGAAGUCAUUGGCGAGGACUGUGCUGUUAUUUUAAGAGAUAAAGAUGUGAUCAAGAGUCACGUCGAGCACUUUGGGAUAUAUUCUACACAACGACUUUUGACGUUCAUGGAAUACACGAAGGAUGAAGGAUUCCAAAUUAGGGUUCGUGGGAUCUUGUUUGAGACGAUUCCACAGACGAUCGAGUGGACUGGAAACAGAAUCUAUUACAUCCAAGGCGAUUUAAUAAAGUUUGUGCGACUCUCUGAUAGAAAAGUCGGAGUACUACGUGAGAGGCGAGGCCAAGGUAAAAUGCGUCCAUUUGUUCGCGCGAUUGGCGAGUUUUUGGUUAUUGGCAAUUCCGAGUCAUUACAAGUUGUCAACAAGAAGGGAAUUCCUGUUGAAAAUGUGAAAGAAGUGUUUCCCGCAGUAUUAAACACGUUAGCAAAUAUUGUGAUACAUUUCCCUUUUGUUGUUUGUGUAUACACCGAUUGUAUUAGAGUCUAUAACUUCAUCAAUGGGAAACUCGAAAACACUUUCCGGGUGAAGAGUGACGCGAUGUGCCAAGAUGAAAAGAAUAGUAAAAUUUUUGUGAGUAAAAAGCAGAGUACUGGGCCGAUAGUUCUAUUAACACCAUGCGACUUAAUCCAAUACAUCAAAGUGUAUAUAGAGAGUGGGGAGUACAUUGUCAUCAGUCAACUUUUGGAGUUCUACACCAAUGAAAUGCAAACAACAUUGCAAGUGAUAAGUGAUCAGGAAUUAUUACUCGUGAGAAUAGUAUAUGGUGGGUUACUUAUUGAGAAAGGAGUCUAUGGAGAAGCCUUCCAACAAUUUCUAAGAUGUGUCCAAAUAACAAAGGAGGCGAAACUCAAUUGGGACGUAAGAAGUGUCUUACUCAUAUUUGGCGAACUCAACUUUAAAAGUGGAAAUAAGGAACUUAAACCCCCUGUUGAUUGGAACGUGGUGGAGCAAAAGAUGGUACCGAGCGAAGUGAAGACACGACGAAAAGAGGUGUUUGGGAAACUUUCUGAGUUUCUCCAGAACUAUCAAAAACUUGAAAAAUAUGAAAAGGACAUUGAAACACAACGUAUUAAAGCGUUGAUUCUUUCCGAACGCGAUGAUGUUGUUGAAGAAAUUGAAUUAGAUGAGAGACGGGGGUGGUACAUCGAUGUCGACGAGGUGUUAUUCUUCGAAGAGGAGAGAAACGAACUCCGUGUGAAGUCCAAAUUGUAUGUGAUGAAGAAGAAUUACAUCAAGGCACUUUCGAUAUGGAACGAACUUGCAAUGGUAGAUGAUGAAAGGGUGUAUGAAUAUGGUAUCGAUGAUGUUUUGUUAAUCAUCCAAGUAUUGGACUGUAAUAGUAAUGUCGAGAUGCGACUGAUGAAGAUAGCUCUUGGGUGGGUAGUUCCCGAUGUAUUUGAUGAGAGUGGAUAUCUUGACGUUGAGGUGCCCCCCAUACGAGAGAAGAGGAAUAAAAUGCUUGAGGAACGAGCAAUCAAAGAACAACUCAUUGACAUUUUAACACGAAAAAUGAAGGAGAAGAAGCACCAUGAUAUAUUACAUUGCAUCAAUAUGUUACAUGCAAAAUUGUCCGUGUUAAUUAAUACAAGAAAGAACAAGGAAGAGUGUGUGGAGUGUACUAGUGAGUUAAUCAAUGGAUGCAUUGAAGUUAUUAAUGAGAACAAGUACAGAAAGGAAUAUAAAGAAGAACUGAGUCACGUGCUUCAAGACGUCUUGUCCAAUUCCGUAUCAAUUAACUUGAAGAGUAUAGUUCCCUCCCUCCAGAAGUAUCAAAUGCAAAAGGAACUGAUUGUUGUCUAUGAAAAACUGAAUCAAAUUAAGGAAUUGAUAUGUGAAUUGAUGAUAAUGGGUGGUGUGGACGCAGUGCUACAAUACUGUAAAAGCCACCCCAAACACUCGACUGUGUUAUUUGAUUAUGCAGUGUCCGAAAAGAGAGAAAUACUGAAAGUGGUGAUAAUGUCACUCAUCGACAAUUUGGACAUAUUUCAUGUACUUGAGAAAUGCAUUGAACACAACAUAGAGAAAGAAGAGUACAUCACAGUUUUAUUAAAGCGGAUAAGAAGUGUUGCAAACACAUAUAUGGCUCUAAAUUUCCAAUUCAAUUUGUUACUGGCGGACUCAUCCAAAGAGUCCAAAAAGUGUUUUCUUGUCGACAAAAGUUCGAAGUGCUUUUUGUGUCAAGCGAAACUCUUUACCAAUUUUGUUGAGUAUGAAGGAAGGGGGUUUUGUUUCAACUGUUACAAGAAGCUCAACGUACGUCAACCUUUUGUGUUUGAGUAA